AUGCUGGCGGUCAUUCGCCACUUCCACGAGGGCAUGAGGGCGCGGGUUCGAACGGACGACGGGCAGUACUCGGAAUGGUUUGACGUCGGCCAAGGUCUCCGACAGGGGUGCAACCUGGCCCCGCUGCUGUUCAACUUGUUCUCUGCCGCGAUGCGCAUGGUCGCAGUGACCGAGUUCGACAAGGACCCCAAGGUGACGGCGGAUAUGAUCAAGAUCGCAACACGAGUGGAGUGCACGGGCAAGAGGGGCAGGUCGGCGGGGAAGAAGGCGAUGAUGGUGACGGUCGCAGAGGCCCUGUGGGACAUGCUCUACGCUGACGACGCGGCCAUCGUCUCGCUCACGCCGGAGAGCCUCGAAAAGAUGAUGUCCAUCAUCGUGCGCGUGGCCGGCCUGUUCGGACUGAUGGUAUCGGAGCCAAAGACGGAGAUCAUGUGCAUGCUACCGAAAGGGCUGGGGGAACGCCCGUUCGCGGUCAGCGCCGCUGGCCAGACGUACAAGCAGACAGAUCGGUUUGUGUACCUCGGACGUACCAUCUCCGCGGACGGGAAGGCCGACCGGGAGAUCACGAGCCGCAGCUGCCGAGCGUGGAAGUGCUACCGCCGGAACAGUGCUUCGAUGUACGACAGGCGACGGGCCGACCGCCAGCUCAAGAUCCGGCUUCUCCAGGCUGAAGUGGUGGAGACUCUCCUGUAUGGGUGCGCCUCGUGGAGCCUAACAGCGGAGCACUACACGAAGCUCAAUGGGACCCACCGCCAGUUCCUCACACGGUGCAUCGGCUGGAGCAAGCGGAAACGCUCCGACCGCCCCCUGUCCUAUGCCCAGGCCCUCAUCCAGGCAGGCUGCGAGGAAACCAUCGAGGCCACCGUGCGCAAACGGAGGCUGUGUUUUGCGGGCUUCGUUAUGCGCAUGGAGGACAACCGCCUCCCCAAGCGCAUGCUGCUGGGAGCGAUGGCGGGGGGUACCGGAUACCGGGGCGGGCAGGAGAGCGACUGGGUGUAUCGCCUAGGAGAGGACCUCGUGGCGUUUGGCAUGAAAGAGGAGAAGGAGGGGGGGAGAUGGAAAGAGAGCGCCAAGGACCAGGAGGCGUGGUACGACAAGAUCGAGGACGGGGCGGCAUGGUUCAUGAGGAAAUGGCACAGACAGGAGGCGGAAGCAUCCGCGAAGCGCCAGCGCCAGCGCGCGGAGGAAGCAGAGACGGAGAGCACGGCCGCCCCGGGCCCGAAGAGAAAGAGAAUCGGGGAAGCGGCGGGGGGGGGGAAGAAACGGCGACCGGACACUGCUGUAGAAGCGAGUAGGGCGGCCAAGGCCGCGCUUGCGGCGAACGACGUACCCAACUGAUGAUGUUGUCGCACCCUGUGUUCCCUUUUCCCUGCCGUAAGCUGUAUGCUCUUAGUAUUGCCUCCGGCCUCUCUUUGUGCUUUUCUUCUUUCUUUCUUUCUUGUUCUCCAUGCCCUCUCUACGAUGAUCUUGGACGAUACCUCGAGCUCCUUGUUAUUUUUGUUUUUUCCUUUGCUGGCUGCCUGCCACCUCUGCUGCCUCUUUGGUGCGGUGCCUACCCUACACUAAUGCGCUGGUGCAUACUGCACUGCUGUAGUACCUGGUACUGGUGUACGUUGUCCUUCGAUUUUUUAUUUUUUUUGUGGGAAUAUAUAUGUGUUUGUUUUUUCGCCCUCCGUCUUGCUGCACCCCCUGGGGUGUGGUGCAGGGCGGGGGAUGCCUGAUCGGCGGGAACCCGGCACGGAACCCUCCGGCGUUGUAGGCGGGUGUGGGAAGCGUUCCCCGUUCUCCUUUUAUUUUAUUUUGAUCGGUCUCCUCGACGCUCUUUCUCGUUUGGUGCGGUAGCUGGUCUUUCUAUCAUUUUGUUUCUCUUCCGAGUGGUUUUUGUACCCUAUUUUUUUCUGUUUCUUCGUGGGGUCGUGUAUGCCGGGUUUUGAGAUCAC